UCACCGGCGCUGUGUGAACCGCGGGUACCCGAGAGAACACUCUUUGCUAGCGGGAACGUUGCUGCAUGUGACCGACCAACCAACCAACCAACGUAUGUUUCAUAUAAACAACAACAUAGUUCUCAUCUACCGAGAAAAAGUUCUCAACAUCUUAUCAACGGCUCUUCAACGGGAUCAUAAAACGGACGAGAUCUCCGAACCGAAGAGGAAACAUCGUUCAUAAUGUCUGAGCUGCUGAGCUGCAUGGAGCAGCGGGAAGAGCCGACGGUAGUAGCUGAAGGAGCCGCAGCAGCCGCAGGAGCAGCGGAGGGGAAGUCUGAUUCUUCAGAUGCUGGAAAAGAGUCGUCUUCAGAUGCCGGGGCCGACGGACAAGAUGCCUCUUCAUCCACUAAAGAUUCUGCUCCGGGGUAUGAGGAGAAAGUGCAAACAGACCGGACCAACAGAUUUGAGUACCUGUUGAAGCAAACAGAGCUGUUUGCUCAUUUCAUCCAACCAGCCGCGCAGAAGACCCCGACCUCCCCCCUGAAGAUGAAGCCAGGACGUCCUCGCAUCAAGAAAGAUGAGAAACAGAACCUGCUGUCUGCCGGAGACAACCGGCAUCGCCGCACCGAGCAAGAGGAAGAUGAAGAGCUUCUGAGCGAGAGCACCAAGACGACUAAUGUCUGCACUCGCUUUGAUAACUCUCCCUCCUAUGUCAAAUGUGGAAAAAUGAGAGACUAUCAGGUCCGUGGUCUGAACUGGCUCAUCUCUUUGUAUGAGAAUGGCAUCAACGGCAUCCUCGCUGAUGAAAUGGGUUUGGGGAAGACUCUGCAGACUAUUUCCCUGCUGGGUUACAUGAAGCACUACAGAAACAUCCCCGGUCCCCACAUGGUGCUGGUGCCCAAGUCCACCCUGUACAACUGGAUGAACGAGUUCAAGAGAUGGGUGCCUUCACUCCGCGCCGUCUGCCUGAUCGGAGACAGAGAAGAGAGGAAUGCCCUGAUCAGAGACGUGCUGCUGCCUGGAGAAUGGGACGUGUGUGUCACAUCCUACGAGAUGCUCAUCAUUGAAAAGGCGGUGUUCAAAAAGUUCAACUGGAGGUACUUGGUCAUCGACGAAGCCCACAGAAUCAAGAACGAGAAGUCAAAGCUGUCGGAGAUUGUGCGAGAAUUUAAGACCACCAAUCGCUUGUUGCUGACUGGAACACCCCUCCAAAACAACCUUCACGAGCUGUGGGCUCUGCUGAACUUCCUGCUGCCUGAUGUCUUUAACUCUGCAGAUGAUUUUGAUUCCUGGUUUGACACAAACAACUGCCUGGGUGAUACGAAGUUGGUCGAACGUCUUCACACUGUUCUGCGUCCUUUCUUGCUUCGUCGUAUAAAAGCCGACGUAGAGAAGACUCUGCUUCCGAAAAAAGAGAUCAAGAUGUAUGUGGGCCUGAGUAAGAUGCAGCGAGAGUGGUACACAAAGAUCCUGAUGAAAGACAUUGACAUUUUGAACUCGGCGGGUAAGAUGGACAAGAUGCGUCUGCUGAACGUUCUCAUGCAGCUGAGGAAAUGCUGUAACCAUCCAUACCUGUUCGACGGGGCCGAGCCGGGUCCCCCGUACACGACUGACCUCCACUUGGUGGUGAACAGCGGCAAGAUGGUGGUGCUGGACAAGCUGCUACCCAAGAUGAAGAAGCAGGGUUCUCGUGUGCUCAUCUUCAGUCAGAUGACCAGGGUGCUGGACAUCUUGGAGGACUACUGCAUGUGGAGGAACUACGGCUACUGCCGCCUGGAUGGCCAGACGCCGCACGAGGAGAGACAGAUCUCUAUCAACGUAUUCAACGAGCCCAACAGUCCCAAGUUCAUCUUCAUGUUGAGCACCAGGGCUGGAGGGCUGGGUAUCAACCUGGCUACAGCGGAUGUGGUCAUCCUGUACGACUCAGACUGGAACCCCCAGGUCGACCUUCAGGCCAUGGACCGAGCUCACAGGAUUGGUCAGCAGAAGCAGGUGCGAGUCUUUCGUUUCAUCACUGAAAACACAGUGGAGGAGAGGAUUGUGGAGAGGGCCGAAAUGAAACUGCGCCUGGACUCCAUUGUGAUCCAGCAAGGAAGACUUGUGGAUCCAACCGCAAACAAGCUGGGCAAGGACGAGAUGCUGUCCAUCAUCCGUCACGGUGCCACACACGUGUUUGCCUCCAAAGAGAGCGAGAUCACAGAUGACGACAUUGAUGCGAUCCUGGAGAGAGGUGAAAGGAAGACUAUGGAGAUGAAGGAGAAGCUGUCUUCACUGGGCGAGAGCACUCUGAGAAACUUCACCAUGGACACAGAGAACAGCAGCGUGUACAAGUUUGAAGGAGAAGAUUAUAGAGAGAAGAAAAAGGUCAUUAGCAACUGGAUCGAGCCGCCCAAGAGAGAAAGGAAAGCCAAUUACGCUGUGGACGCCUACUUCAGAGAGGCUCUGCGAGUCAGUGAGCCCAAAGCACCCAAGGCUCCUCGUCCUCCCAAGCAGCCAAACGUCCAGGACUUCCAGUUCUUCCCUCCACGUCUCUUUGAGCUUCUAGAAAAGGAGAUUCUGUUCUACAGAAAGACGAUAGGCUACAAGGUUCCCCGUAAUCCAGAAAUGCCAAAUUCAGCGACGCUCCAGAAAGAAGAGCAGGGGAAGAUCGAUGAGGCUGAGGCUCUCUCAGAGGAGGAACUGGAGGAGAAGGAGAACCUGCUGCAACAGGGAUUUACUAUUUGGAACAAACGUGACUUCAACCAGUUCAUCAAAGCCAACGAGAAGUGGGGAAGAGAUGAUAUUGAGAACAUCGCCAGAGAAGUCGAGGGAAAAACUCCAGAGGAAGUCAUGGAAUACUCUGCUGUAUUCUGGGAGCGCUGCAAUGAGCUGCAGGAUAUCGAGAAGAUCAUGGCCCAGAUAGAGAGAGGAGAGGCCAGGAUCCAGAGAAGGAUCAGCAUCAAGAAAGCCCUGGACUCUAAGAUCGGUCGCUACAAGGCUCCCUUCCAUCAGCUCCGUAUCUCCUACGGCACCAACAAAGGCAAGAACUACACGGAGGAGGAGGACCGCUUCCUUAUCUGUAUGCUACACAAGCUGGGCUUCGACAAGGAGAGCGUGUACGACGAGCUGCGUCAGUGCAUCCGCAACUCGCCUCAGUUCCGCUUCGACUGGUUCCUCAAAUCCAGGACUGCCAUGGAGCUCCAGAGGCGAUGCAACACCCUGAUUACACUGAUCGAGAGGGAGAACAUGGAGCUGGAGGAGAGGGAGAAGGCGGAGAAGAAGAAACGCGGCCCAAAGAGCACCUCGGCCGUGAAACGGAAGUCAGAGGCAACCCCAGAUGGUCGUGGACGCAGGAAAAAGCUCAAGUUGUGAAGCUGUUCACAGCUUUAAUCUUCUGCGUACAGUGUCAGAAUUGCAGGGCGGCAGUGAGCUCCGGUAUCGUUAGUCCUACUAGUGUCUGUUUGUUUGCAGGCUGUGAUAAUGUACUGUGUAAAACCCCCCCAGAUGGACUGACCUCGUUGUUUUAGGUUCAAGGAAAUGGUCCUUUACAAUCCUGCCUUGUCACUUAACCUAAACACUGCAGCUGUGCUGGUUUAGUCUUUUGUUUGCUAGUCCUUUUUUUUACUAGUACUUAACUGAAAUAAAUGUAUUUAUGCCUGUUGGUUGUACCACAUUCCAUUGCUUGAAAUGAUAUGUACCCUUUUUAUUUUUAAGAAAACAUUUGUUCUUUUAUCUUCCUAUGUGAAGUAGAAAAUGUCUUUUUGAACAUCACAAAUAAAACUUCCCGUUUUUUAAAAAAA